UUGUCGAAGGUUCGGGAUGACUUUAGAGGUGGAAAAAUUAACCUAGAAAAAACUCAGCAAUUACUUGAAAAAUUAGAUAUUCGAUGCAGUAAUAUUCACAUGAAACAUAUUUUUAAGGAAAAUGACAGGCUGAAACAAGGAAGAAUCACCAUAGAAGAAUUUAGAUCAAUUUAUCGAAUUAUUGUACAUAGAGAAGAAAUUGUUGAGAUUUUCAACACGUAUUCCGAAAACCGGAAAAUUCUUUUGGAAAACGAUCUGGUUGAAUUUCUGACACAAGAACAAUAUGCAUUUGAGAUGAGUAGAACUAUUGCUUCUGAGAUCAUUCAGAAAUAUGAGCCCAUCGAUGAAGUUAAGAAAGUACAGCAGAUGUCAUUUGAAGGUUUUACAAGAUACAUGUAUUCACCUGAAUGUCUACUAUUUAAACAAGAGUGUAAAAGAGUUUAUCAAGAUAUGACUCAUCCAUUAUGUGAUUAUUUUAUUUCAACUUCACAUAACACAUAUUUGAUAUCGGAUCAAUUAGUGGGACGAAGUGACCUUUGGGGAUAUGUAAGUGCCCUUGUGAAAGGAUGCCGCUGUCUAGAAAUUGACUGCUGGGAUGGAUCACAAAAUGAACCUGUUGUGUACCACGGUUAUACACUCACCAGCAAGCUCCUCUUUAAAACUGUUAUCCAAGCAAUACACAAAUAUGCAUUCAUGACAUCUGACUACCCAGUGGUGCUCUCUUUAGAAAAUCACUGCUCCCCUUCCCAACAAGAAGUGAUGGCAGAUAAUUUGCAGACUACUUUUGGAGAUUCCCUGCUUUCUGAUAUACUUGAUGAUUUUCCAGACAAACUACCUUCACCAGAGGCACUAAAAUUUAAAGUAUUAGUUAAAAAUAAGAAAAUAGGAAGCUUAAAGGAAACCCGUGAAAGAAAAGGUUCUGAUAAGAGUGGUAAAGACUUUUUGUUAAGAGACAAUCAAGAAAAGGAAAAAAGAGCACUUGGAGUCGUGCUUUUCAAGAAAAAGAGGACCAGGAAGCUAAAAAUUGCUCUGGCCUUAUCUGAUCUUGUCAUUUAUACUAAAUCUGAGAAGUUCAGAAGUUUUCAACAUUCAAGACUGUAUCAGCAAUUUAACGAAAAUAAUUCUAUUGGGGUCGAUGAGUUUAUUUUUCACACCAGGAAGUUCAUUACCAGAAUAUAUCCGAAAGCAGCAAGAGCGGACUCUUCUAAUUUUAAUCCUCAAGAAUUUUGGAAUAUAGGUUGUCAAAUGGUGGCCUUAAAUUUCCAGACCCCUGGUCUGCCUAUGGACCUGCAAAAUGGAAAAUUUUUGGAUAACGGUAGUUCUGGAUAUGUUUUGAAACCACAAUUCCUAAUAGAUAGUAAAUCAAACUUUAACCCAAGGAAAGCAAUAGAAGACAGUGAUCCAGUUACACUUACAAUAAGGCUCAUCAGUGGUAUCCAGUUGCCUCUUACUAACUCAUCAUCUAACAAAGCUGACACACUAGUCAUUAUAGAAGUUUUUGGUGUUCCGAAUGAUCAAAUGAAACAGCAGACGCGUGUAAUUAAAAAAAAUGCUUUUAGUCCAAGAUGGAAUGAAACAUUCACAUUUAUUAUUCGUGUGCCAGAAUUGGCAUUGAUUCGUUUUGUUGUUGAAAAUCAAAGUUUAAUAACAGGAAAUGAAUUUCUCGGGCAAUAUACUUUACCACUUCUAUGCAUGAACAAAGGUUACCGGCGUGUUCCUCUGUUUUCCAAAAUGGGUGAGAAUCUUGAGCCUGCUUCUCUGUUUGUUUAUGUCUGGUACGUCAGAUAG